AUGUCACGACUCACCCGCAAAGCAAGCGCAAUCCAGCUCCUUUCGCUCAAUGCAGAGCAGACCCAGAUUGAGCAGCAAGCACUGCAUGCUGAACUUAAUGAUCUCAAGGAAGCGCUGAAGCGGAGCCAUACGGCAUACACCAUGCUUCGCGACGACGUUGAACGCUUCAAGAGUAUUGUGCGAGCCCAGGAUGUUGCGCUGAAAGGGUUGCGUGAGGAGGUGAUGAGCUUGAGGAGCGAAGUCGCUGCGUUGACGAGGCUGCCUGCUGUUGAGAGGCUUAGAGGAGCAGUGGAAAUAAGGAAGGAGAAGGGUGAGAGGGAGCAGGGGAGGUGA